AUGUCCAACCGUCUAGGCCUGACCCCACCCCAAGAUCUAUCCGAAUCUCAAAAGCGACCACACGCCUUAUUCAGCGAAUACACAAACCAACGAUACGCCAGAUCCCCACGAACAUCUCUCGAUGACGGCACGUUAAUCGGCCCCUUCGGCAUCCUCCUGCACCACCCACCCGUCGCAGAGUCAAUCUACAGCUUAAUCAAAGCUCUCCAGACCAUCCCGGGUUUAUCAUCGUACGCAAAGGAAGUCGUCAUCGCCGUGGCCGGGGCCCGCGCGAAAUGCGCCUACGAGAACUACGCGCACGCCAUCAUCGCGAAACGUGUGGGCAUUUCUGAGUCUGCACUAAGUGAGAUUCACGCGGGUAAAUGUCCAGACACGUUAACGGAGGAAGGCAAGGCCGCAUUCGCACUCGCUACGGCUGCUGGAGACCCUGGUGUCGUCGACCAGAGUGUCUGGGCUAGGACGGUUAAAGUGUUGGGCAAGGACGGUGCUGCGGCAGUGGUCCAUUAUACGGGAUUCUAUGCAUACGUCAGUACUAUCUUGAAUGGAUUUGACGCCAAGGUACCUGAAGAUGCCACGUAG